UUCAAUUAUUUCUCGCUAGUCCAAUAUUAAAUAGUUUUAAACGCGAAAGACUAUUAUUUGUUUAGUAUUUGUACCUUUAACUUAAUGAAAGGUAUCUAUCGCUAGGAUAGCAAAAGUAAACAUUUAGCUUGAAAACCUAUUUGGGUCACAUAUUUACUCCGGUUUCUAUAAUUUAAAAAAACGUUCGUUUAAAUUGUAUUUAUCACGAUAUUGGCGUGGUCAUCUGUAAAAGAAAGAGCCUCAGUUGUUAUUUCGUUCACAAAGGUAGUUAUAAAAGUGCAUGGAAUGUGAUGACAAUGGACGAGAGCGUGUCCCCCCGGCGGCGAGUGGCAGCCGUGGGGUCCAGCGGGUGCGGGUCGUCGGCAGUAGGCGCGGCCUGCAGCUGGCUUACCCCGCUGCGACUUGUAGCGCUCGCGCUGGCCGCCCCUCGCGCGCUCUGGAGCCUGACACGUCCGCGGCUACCACCGCAACACCGGGACAUCCCUUUAUGAGCAACAUGGAUGAGAUAUCGUACUGGGUUUACACGAAACGAGCACCCUGCCUCUUCAACUACGAUAAUGUACUCAAGAAACAAGUGGAACAGGCACAUUGUUCUAAAGCGACGCCGGUCAGUGGCCAGAGCAUCAUUGAAGAGGUGCCAGCAUCUAACAAAAAAAAACGGAAGAUAAAACUGAUCGACGACGACUCAAUUUUAUCAGAAAAACCACAAAAUGUAUACUUUGAAACACCCCAGAAUCAAAAUCAAAAAACUGCACAAAGCAGUUGCAAGUCCGACACUAUCGGCUCUAAUAUAGAGUUCAACAUUAAGAAAUCAUCGGUACAGAAUAAAUCAAAGAGAAUAAAAUUACAAAAAAACAAUCAGGCACACAAGAAAAACAAGGUGGUGACAUCCACACCUAAAGUUACAAACCUGAGACGCAGCUUGAGGAAAGCCCAGCAACAGAACAGGAACGGGGAACUCAACAGCUCUUUUGAUAUAUAUAAUGAUAAAGAAGACGCAGAAGUACAGCUUCAGAACCAAUCACAGAAACUAGAUGAGGCCCAUCACAACAAGAGUAAGACGACAUUUCCCGAGCAGGAUAAAGACACAACGGUGCAAAAUGGACAGUAUGAAGAUUUGAGUGAUGUGUCCGGGUUCACAGCAAAUUACAUACGAUCCACUAAGAUUCACUCUGCAAAGACUCCAAGAAAACCCAGGAAUAGGAACAGUAGAAAUAUAGUAAAAAAUAAUAAAGUUACUGAAAGGGCAGAUGAAAAAAUUAUUGUAUGUGUAAAUAAAUCUGUCAACACGGGACUGGCCGAGACGAAUCUAUUGAACUGUAGCACAGACUCCUCACAGAACGUUAUAAACCUAGUUAGUGUUAAAAAUAACAGCAGGUCUUCUAAAGUUAACAAGAGCACAUCUUUACUGAAGUUCAUGGAAUCAAAGUUAGACCACACCAAGGACAACAUCUCAAACAACAAAGUUGAUGAUGUACCAAGUAAGACACAGUUGAACAUGUCCUUCCAGUCCAAAAGCAGUGGGACAUCGAGGUACCCCACGCGGUAUAGAAACAACACUAAGACGUCAAACGUAGAUAAUAAUCUUAAACAUUCACCCAGACAAAGAUUCAGCGAACGAAUCAACAAGUUAGAUGACGCCCACAGAAAGGAAAACUCCCAAGAGAGGAUCACUACUCGGACGAGAAGUAGAAAGAAAGUGAUUAACAUGGAUUGCAACCCCUCGGAGGUACUGGAGUUGAAUCAUACGAGGGAUCAAAGCAGCUCUGGUGUGGCGAUGAACGUAGCCAACACCUCACAUGACAAUAUGAAUCAAGGAAACACGUCCAGUUCGAGGUGUCUCCGAAGCAGAAGGUGCAAAGACAAAAGUGUUAUCUAUAAAGACUUUUUUAGUGAUGGAAGUGACGGUAAAGUGGUAGAAGAAACAAACUGCCCACUAGUGAAAACGAGUCCCAGAUGUCUCGGUCGGAGCAAGAAGUCCAGCGAGCGAAGAGCUCGCUCCCCGGGGAGGGACAGGUCCAGGAACAGAAGCGGCUUCACGGCGUGCUUCUCUGACAGCGGCAGUGACAAUGAACCUUUGAAACAAAGGAAGUUCUUCUGUUAGCGUUUAACGAACAUUAUUAUAAUACUAGCUUUGAACAAAUCAAUAUUGGAAUUACAUCUCGUAGCUGUUUUGGCAUUUACUAUUCUGUUGUAACUCAGUCAGUCCUCCAAGGUCGCUCGGCCGCGCUGGUGCAUGUUGCAUGAACAUGUGAAGACGAGUCCCUGCGCGGCGUGAGCGGCGUGGUGUGGUGCGUGUCAUGCGGUGGGAGGGAACGAGUAUAUUAUGAAUAAGCUUGCUUUCUUGUACGAAGCCGAGCUGAGCGCUCCAGGUGUGCGACUCACCUGUAAUAUGGAAAUGUGUUAUUAGGGAAUAGGUCCUUUAUUUAUUUAGGAGUCCGAGGCGGCAUGUAUGACGUACGACGCACGAAUCAAAUUUGUGUGUGAGGUUUGUAUUCUAAAGUGCCAUUUGAAGGAUUUGUUUUCCAGGACUAGGACUAGGACGUUGUUAUGUGUUAGUUAAGAUUUUAAUUUAGAGUAACUAUAUCACACUCUAUUUGUUUAUUUUGUAUUAAAUUUUUGUGUAAUAAAUACAUUUACCGUUUUAACAGGUGUA